CCGUCCAUUUCCUCUCUCCACUCCUAAAAAAGCCAGCCCUUCCAUUUUUGUCUGUAAUGGAAAUGGAGGAUGAUUGGGACCUUCACGCCGUGGUCAGAAGCUGCUCGACCUCCACCACCACCUCCAAAAACCCCACUAGUUUUGAGGGCUUUACUUUGUCCAAAGAUCGCUUUCAAGGCACAAGGGUAGAAGAUUUGCAUCAGCUUUGGAAACAACAAAUUCCACCGAUUUCUCCACUCUCUGUUUUGCAGGAACUAUCGUCGUCUCACCAAAUUCUACAGCAGCCGCAGCCCAAGCACGAAAUCACACAAAUUUCCCCCAAAAAACACCACCUUUUUUCCAUCGUUAGCGCCUCAAAACGCAGCACCACAAGGUCCAAAAAAAGGAAACAUCAGUCGAAGAAGGUGUGCCAUGUCCCGGCAGAGAGCGUGUCUUCCGACGUAUGGUCAUGGCGAAAAUACGGCCAAAAGCCAAUCAAGGGAUCCCCUUAUCCAAGGGGUUAUUACAAAUGCAGCACAUUAAAAGGGUGUAUGGCAAGGAAGCAAGUGGAGCGGAACAAAUCCGACCCGGGAAAAUUCAUCAUCACCUACACCGGCGACCACACCCACCUCGUCCCCACCCACCGGAAUUCCCUCGCCGGCAGCACCCGCAGCAAGCCCGACUCUAAGAAGCCGGAGGAAUCUGAGGUGGACAUCGAUGACGACGAUUUUUUCUCCGGACUAGACGAUUUGGGCGGGGAGGGCUUGCCGGAGAGCCCUGCGACGGCGACGGCGGAGGGGUAAUGAAUAGAAUCGAAUCGAUGCUUUUCUUUCCGUUUUGUAGCCACCCGACAAGUUUUUUUGUCCGUUGAGAUUAGCAGAGAAUCUAGAAAUCAUGGAACUUUUUAUCUUUUUUUUUUUAUCUUUAUCUUUCUUUCUAGGGAAUAGAGUUAAUUUUGUAAUGAUAAAGAGAAAGGGUUAGUAGAGAAUCUAGAGAUGUCUAUGAGAUGUUGGUUGUAUAUUUGUGGUAGUUGAUGUACAGGAUAUUAUACUAGGACCUUAUCUUCCAUUACAUAUUUAUUUGUAUAGGAGCAUAUAUUUUCCAUUAAUUAUGUCAUUAACUUCUGCAUUUCAUUAGUA